AAUAAGGAGUAAUAACUAAUAAAUAAGGACGAAGGGGACGUAUGAGAAACAAAACAAAGGAAAGGAAAGGAAGCGAAGGAAACCAAAGGAAAGGAAAGGAAAAGAAAGGGGAGGAACCAACAAAAGUGUGGGUCAGAAUUCAGAAACAGCUACACGUUGUGAAGAGGAGGCAAUUGCAUGUGCCCACAUGACCUAUUGCAGCUGGAGAGAUGAACAAUUCCACGCUCACCCUCCCCCUCCCUAAAUACACUAAUAAGCUUCUUCUCUUCCUUUUACCUUCGCUGCAUCUUCUUCUUUCUUUCUCUUUUUCUGCUCCUAAAACAUCUGGAUACUGAAUAUUAGCUUCAGGACACAUUAUCUUUCUAUACCCAUAAAUAAUUUUGCCAAUAAUGAAGGAAAACAGUGAUGGGUUUGUCAGGGCGGAUCAGAUUGAUCUCAAAAGUCUUGAUGAGCAACUCGAGAGGCAUCUCAAUAAGGUAUGGACCAUGGACCAGAACAAGAGACCUGAUGAUGAUCUCGCACCACUGACUACGGCUGCCGCCGACGCCACCAAGGCUAGUGCAGCUACGUUCAAGAAGGACAGGCAGGAAUGGGAGAUCGACCCUUCUAAGCUCAUCAUCAAAAGUGUCAUUGCACGUGGUACCUUCGGCACUGUUCACCGUGGCAUCUACGAUGGCCACGAUGUUGCUGUUAAGCUGCUUGACUGGGGCGAAGAGGGUCACAGGACAGAAGCUGAGAUUGCCUCACUAAGGGCAGCUUUUUCCCAAGAAGUUGCUGUUUGGCAUAAACUUGAUCAUCCUAAUGUUACUAAGUUUAUAGGGGCAACAAUGGGCUCAUCAGAGUUGCAGAUACAAAGUGAAAAUGGCCAAAUUGGCAUGCCAAGUAAUAUAUGUUGUGUUGUUGUGGAAUAUCUUCCUGGAGGUGCUUUAAAAUCUUUCCUCAUAAAGAACAGACGAAGGAAGCUAGCUUUUAAAGUUGUUGUGGCGUUGGCACUUGAUCUUGCCAGAGGAUUGAGUUACCUUCACUCCCAGAAGAUUGUUCACAGAGAUGUAAAGACAGAAAACAUGUUAUUGGACAAGACACGCACUGUAAAAAUUGCUGACUUUGGAGUUGCACGAGUUGAGGCUUCAAAUCCUAAUGAUAUGACUGGGGAGACAGGAACACUUGGAUACAUGGCUCCUGAGGUUCUGAAUGGCAAUCCAUAUAAUAGGAAGUGUGAUGUGUACAGUUUUGGCAUCUGUUUAUGGGAGAUAUAUUGCUGUGACAUGCCAUAUCCUGACCUUAGUUUCUCGGAAGUGACUUCAGCUGUGGUCCGUCAGAAUUUGAGACCAGAGAUACCAAGAUGCUGCCCAAGCUCUUUAGCAAAUGUAAUGAAGCGAUGCUGGGAUGCUAACCCUGACAAGCGCCCAGAAAUGGAUGAGGUUGUCUCCAUGUUGGAGGCCAUUGACAUAUCAAAAGGUGGGGGUAUGAUACCUCUUGAUCAACAGGGUGGUUGUCUCUGCUUCUGCAGGUAUAGAGGACCUUGAAGGAUUACUUCCUUUUGUCAGACAAACGACUAGAAUAUGAUUGUUUUGAGCUAUAGUAAUCGAAACCGUGAUUAACAUUGAAGGUAAAGGAGAUUUUGAAUAUAAAAUGGGGAAGAAUGGAUGGUGGUGCAUAUAGGAUGGGAGAUGUAUCAAAUUUCCCAUUAUUGGUUGACGUAUAUCUGUUGUUUUGUUACUCUUUUUUCUUCAAUAUUUUUUGGGAGGUUUUUGAGUGUGUAUUUAUUUGGUUUGCCAGUCUCGUCAACUGGCAUAACCAGCUCAAACGCAUAUAGGGUCUGCUAUUAGUGGAUAUUAUUGGUUAACGUUGUCAAGGUAAUCAAUAUUAUCACCAACAUUCACUUGGUGUAUAUCCUGUCUUUAUUUACGUAAUGGCUCCCUGUAUUUUGACCAA